AUGUUAAAUAAAUCAUUCAACCAUUCUGCAAUAUUAAGUAGUAGCAAACCAGAUGUUACAUUCCAUGCAUGGACAAACGAUACGGUUUAUGUGAAGACGGAGUAUCUUGAUGCUAAAAAAUGGCUAUUCGAUAACUACACUCUUGCUGAGUACGACGAGGAAUGGACAUAUUGUAAUUCAAGUAAAGCUUCAGAAAUUAAUGCAAUGAUAGGUGAAAUCGACGAUGCUGAUUCUUAUUUAAGUUUGAGUGAUGUAAAAAGUGUUCAUAACGGAUCUUAUAUUGCUUACGAUAAUGGUAACACAAUUCAAUGUUCGAUGAAUCUGAGAGUUUACCACGCUAAACUGAAUGCAGCUGACGUUGUACUACGGAAAAUUUCAAAUACAUGCAAAGCCUAUCUUCGCAUCAAUGAUUCAGUAACACCAUUAGAUCAUGAAGUUGAUCGUAUUAUAAAUUCAGCACAUUUGCUAGUUAAUCAAACAAAUCUAUCGACGAAUACAACUGAUUUCGAAAUCAUCAAUAGUAGUCUAAGCGAAAUAAAUAGUUCAAUGAGCAUUGAUGUGGAUGUCCAAUAUACUUUAGCUCCAAAUAAUUCUGUUCAAAUUAAGUCUCCACCUAUAGAUAUCGGAAAGCUAAUUGAAACACCCGGCGUAGUUACAUCUGGUUCUUCAAAUAAUUGUACAAUUCUUCUUCAACAUAAUCGUACAAAAAAUAUCGAAUGUGUUCGCAAUAUCAGCUACUGUUUCAAAACAAAUGACACGUCGACUGAUUGUUACUUCUCUGACAACAUCGAUCAGUUUGAAUUAGAAUACAGAUCGAACUUGACUAGUAUUAAUCUGGAGAUUCAAUAUGAUAUAAUCUAUGGAAAACAAACGUUCAAUCUCAACAUAGUCAAAUGUCUAGACGAACCAACAACCGUUCUUACAUCAACCAUUCAGACUUCCGUACCUACACAAAUGACCAGUUCGAAAUCAUAUACUAUAUCUACAGACUUUCCAACAGAUUCAACCAUUUCUUCGUCUUCUACAACACCAGUGACGAUACCACCACCAGACAAAAAGCGAAAUUCACUUUCUGGAUGUGAAAUAGCCUGGAUAGUCGUUGGAUCGGUUGUUGGUGCUGCAGCAUUGAUCGGAGGAAUCGGUUUCUGCGUAUGGAAAACAAAGUCGGCAAGCUCGUUUGUACCCGAUAUGCAAAUGGUAGAUCGAUCAUCUACGCAAGUGCCAAAAUCAGAGUUUCAGUCUAGAGAUCGUCGACAAUCAACAACAUCAUCAUUGUCUUCCACUUCAUCAUCAGAACCAAGUGAACGCCCACGUCUAAACAAUAAUCAUCAUCUUCGGCACAUAUCUCCUCCACCACAACCAUCGAACAGAUCAGCAAUGUCAUCCCGUAACGAAGAAAGACAAUCGACAAGACCAGUCGAUCCUCCUACUACAAUAUCCUAUGAAAUAGAUAAACAAAAGCGUCGACAGAAUCGUCGACGGGGAGCAUCACCAAACAAUGAUUUACAAGUUCAUUCCACAAGAUCUCAUUCACCUCAUCCUAUUCAACAACAUGAGGUGACUCAUGGUCGACGAAGACCAUUGCCACCGAUUUCAUAUUACUAA